AUGGCGGCGGCGGAAAAGAAGGCGGCCGCGGCCGCAAUGGCGGCCGCCGCCGUGGGUGGUCUGCCCGGCGACUGGUGGGACGCCUUCUGCAGGCGGAUGUCAGGAACCUUAUCUUGUAUCGAGGAUGCACAGAGAUUUGAGUCUGUAUUCAAAAUGCCAAGAAGAGCCUUCGACUAUGUCUGCAACCUGGUGAAAGAUGAAAUGAUGGUGAGGUCCAGCAGCUAUACCUUUCUUGAUGGCACAAUGCUGUGUUUAGAAGAUCGAGUGGCCAUUGCUCUGCGGAGGCUGAACUCUGGUGGGUCACUGGUGACUGUAGGAUCCUCUGUUGGAGUGAACCACUCAACCGUGUCGCUGAUUACUUGGCGAUUCAUUGAGGCUAUGGAGGAGCGAGCGAGCCACCACUUGCGCUGGCCAGACUCUAGUGAAAUGGAGAAGAUCAAGUCCAAGUUUGAGAAGAUCCAUGGUCUGCCAAACUGCUGCGGCGUUGUGGAUACAACACACAUCACAAUGUGCCUUUCAUCAGCUGAACCGAACUGCAAGGUCUGGCUUGAUCAGGAGAAGAAUUACAGCAUGGUAUUGCAAGCUGUUGUUGAUCUGGAUACGAGGUUCACAGACAUAGUGACUGGGUGGCCUGGUAGCAUGAAAGAGUCGAGCAUUUUGCACAGCUCUGGCCUUUUCAAGCUCUGCGAGAAAGGUGAGCGGCUGAAUGGCAGCAAGUUGAAGAUAUCAGAUGGAUCAGAGGUUGGGGAAUACUUGAUCGGCGACUCAGGCUACCCUCUUCUUCCCUGGCUGCUCACACCAUACCAAGAGAAGGACCUCACAUUGUCCAGUGCUGAGUUCAACAGUAGGCACUCUGCAGCGAGAACAGUCGCUCCAAGGACACUGGCCAAGUUCAAGGACACAUGGAAGUUCCUGCAGGGGGAGAUGUGGCGUCCGGACAAGCACAAGCUGCCCCGGAUAAUCCAUGUCUGCUGCUUGCUGCACAACAUAGUCAUAGACCUUCAAGAAACAUCUGUGGAUGAGGCACGGGCAUGGUCGAACGACCAUGACGCUAAUUAUAGGCAGCAGGUGUGCCAGUUAGCCGAUGAGAAUGGAAUCAAGGUGAGGGACAAACUGUCCGAACACCUGAUCAGCAGGGUUAAGCAGAUCAAAUCAGCAUCCUACACGCUGCCAAAGGUGUUUGGGGAAACCAAGAUCACGGAGUACACCGUAGUACAAGAGAAUCCGAUGGGGCCGGGCAAAACCGAUAACAAGCAGCAUUACAUGGUGCUGGGCAAGCCGGUGGACCUGACGUCGCUCAUCAGGCUGCAGGUCCAGGACGGCAAGGUGGUCAAGCACGAGGACUGGUGGGACAAGAAGCCUCUGAAGAACAGGGACACGGUGGGCCUGCCGCUGGUGGGGCCGACUCGCGGAGGCCGGCCGGCGGGCCGCCAUGCUGCUCACCCACGCCCUCAUGGGCUUCGGCAAAGACCCAAAACCAGCCCAACCCCAUCCUCCUCCUUCACAGUCACAACACUAGGACUCAGCUCCUUAUUCUUCCUCAUCAUCCCCAGCUUCCCUGAAGAAUGCACAGCGAGGAAUGAGGCAACUGCAGUAGUGCAGACAAGUUCAGGGCUCCAUUCUCUCUCCAACAUCAGAGAUCUGUGCAGGUGUCGACAGAGGAUACCUCCAUCCACGCUGCCGCCCACAGCACGCUCUGCACAGCCAUGA